CAAGCAACAUUUUUCAAGUUUCAUCUACUUGGUAAACAAGCUUUCAUUCCCCUUCCACUUUUAAUUUCUUCUUCUUUAAAGCAGCCUUUUUUUUUGGGGGGGAGAGGGGGAGUGGGAAAUUGUUUUGGAGAGGAAUGAGUUUCUUUGUCCUUUUUUGCAGGAAAAUGGCCCUUUUAGAGAUUUUUGUAUUGUGGGUUUUCUCAAUCAUGUCAUAUGCACAUGGGUAUCACAGAAACCUUGAAUACUAUGGUGGUGCUUGGAUCAAUGCUCAUGCCACUUUCUAUGGAGGUGGUGAUGCCUCUGGAACUAUGGGUGGAGCUUGUGGCUAUGGGAACCUGUACAGCCAGGGGUAUGGCACCAACACGGCAGCAUUGAGCACUGCUUUGUUCAACAAUGGCUUGAGCUGUGGUGCAUGCUUUGAGAUCAGGUGUGUCAAUGACCCACAGUGGUGUCUUCCUGGCUCCAUUGUAGUCACUGCAACAAACUUCUGCCCUCCAGGGGGCUGGUGUGACCCUCCCAAUCACCAUUUUGAUCUCUCUCAGCCUAUCUUCCAACAUAUUGCCCAGUAUAGAGCUGGAAUUGUCCCUGUCAUCUACAGAAGGGUGAGAUGCAGAAGAAGUGGAGGGAUUAGGUUCACAAUCAAUGGUCAUUCCUACUUCAAUUUAGUACUCAUCACCAAUGUUGGUGGAGCUGGUGAUGCUCACUCAGUAGCAAUCAAGGGGUCAAGAACCAGAUGGCAGCCAAUGUCAAGGAAUUGGGGUCAGAAUUGGCAGAGCAACUCAUACCUCAAUGGACAGAGCCUCUCUUUCCUUGUCAAAACCAGUGAUGGCCGCAGUGUGGUGUCUUACAAUGUUGCACCUGCUAGCUGGUCCUUUGGACAAACAUAUACUGGAAGCCAGUUUAAAUAUUAAAAAGUAUUAACCAUCCAUGAUCCAUUCCAUGCAGAAAUGACGCAGAGCUUCCCCUGGUUCUGGGUUCCGUAAUGCUAUAAAGGGUUAUUCUUUCUUGGGUCAAUCGUAAUUUUAGAAAUGGCCCUAGUGUAUGUAGUAAGUGUUUGCAGUUCACUCCUUUGGCUUCCUAUUAGCUUGGAGAAGUAAUUGCUUUGAGGCUUGAGAGGAAGAGAAUUUAUUGGGGGAAUAUUGAUUAUGAUCUGUUUAAUUAUUUUAAGUUAGGUAGUGAAUUUUACUACCCAUUUGGUACUACGAUGUAAUGAAAUAGAAGUUCUUCAAGAAUACUAGAAAGGCAAUUAUGCCUGCUCUACCUGUUUGAGAACAUGUCACUUUGUCAUCUUGCUUUCAGCUGAUAUUCCCUCUUUCUUGUUUUAUUUAAGAGGUCUGCAAUUAAUUACUCGUUUGGCA